AUGCGAGCUGUUUCAACGUUGGCAGGCCUGGCAGCCGCUGUGCCGCUGGUUGCGUCUGCAGCUAUUCAGUCAAGAUCAGCUGGCUCUGACCUCCCCGUCGUGAACACCACUCUGGGAUAUGUGCGGGGCACAUACUCCCCCUUCCGUGGUGGUGACACUGCCGUCGUCUACAGAGGUAUUCCGUUCGCUGCUCCCCCAACCGGUGAAAACCGCUGGAAGGAGCCCCAGUCACCCCAGCCCUGGUCUGGAGUCUUAAAUGCAACGGAAUUCGGUCCUCAAUGCGCCCAGUCCUCCAGCAGUGCGGGCAUCUUCGAUAGCGGGAAGAAGAGUACCAGCGAGGACUGUCUUUACCUGAACAUUUGGACCCCCAACUACAACGACACCUCCGAUAUCACCUCCAAGAACCUGCCGGUAUACUUCUGGAUCUACGGCGGUCGCUUCGUGGCUGGUUCAGGCGACGUCCUGACCUACGAUGGUACUGGUCUCGCCGCCAAGGACAUCAUCGUUGUCACCAUCAACUAUCGGUUGGGUCCCUUCGGCUUCCUCGCCCACCCCGAACUGUCUGCCGAGUCCGGCCACAACAGCUCCGGUAACUAUGGUAUCCUCGACCAGCAAGCCGCUCUUCGCUGGGUUCACGAGAACAUCGCCAACUUCGGCGGUAAUGCCAGCCAGAUCACUGUUGGCGGUCAAUCCGCCGGCUCAGCUAGCGCUUUGGACAGCAUGUGGAGCCCACUGAACGAGGGCCUCGUUGCCGGUGUCAUCGCUGAGAGCGGUGCUCGCGGCCCCCACGACCCCAUGACCGGCAGUGCUGCCACCAGCCACCGUAGCAAGGUGGCCGCCGAAGCCCAGGGUGUCGAGUUCCUCAAGGAGCUGAACGUCACCUCCAUCAAGGAACUGCGCACCACUGUCUCCAUGGAGACCCUGCUCGAAUACGACUCCCUCAGCGAUACUAUCUUCGAGGGCACUCAGUUCGCCAACGCCUCCGCCUUCUUCAUGGAACCCCCCAUGUGGCGUCCCAACAUCGACGGCUACGUCUUGCCCCACGACUACACCCAGUCCCUCCUUCUCAACGCCCACGCCGACGUGCCCAUCCUCACCGGAAACAACAAGGAUGAGUCCGGCGCUGAGACCGACCCAGGUCUUACUGCCUCCACCUACAACACUCUCUACCACGAAGUCUUCCAGAACUUCUCCGAGGAAUUCUUCAAGCUCUACCCUGGUGACUCCACCUCCCAGGCCAACAACAACUCCAACGCUCUCUACCGUGACAUGAGCCGUAUCGGCACCUGGCAGUGGGCUCUCGAUUGGGCCAAAGGUGGUGCCAAGAGCCCUGUCUACACUUACUACUUCACCCGCUACCCGGCCGAGAACCGUGACGAGGGCGCCUACCACGGCUCCGAACUCUGGUACACCUUCAACAACAUCCCCUACUCCGACUACUCUAACGUUACUUGGUACCCCUAUGACUAUGUGGUUGAGGAGAAAAUGUCCAACUAUUGGGCUAACUUCAUCCGCACUGGUAACCCCAACGGCGAAGGCCUCCCUCAUUUCCCGCCUAGCACCGAGACCAAGCAGACUAUGUGGUUGGGUGACUCUUGGGGUGCGGGUCCUAUUUCUGCUAGCGAGGAGCGCAUCGAAUUCAUCAAGAGCUGGUUUGCUACCUUGCCGGAGUGGUAGCUUAGUGUGCCACACUGUUGUACAGAAUCGCUGUUCAUUUAUCAAUUCCCUCAUCAUGCCUGAAGCAUGCGAUGUAUCAUAGUUAUUUUUCAUUCUUUCUCUCGUUUGCCACCAGUGUAUAACUGUUACUUCGCUC